AGAGGUGAACCCCAAAAAGGUCCGACCCCCUCGAUGAAAACAUAAUGGUGCGCUAGGUUCGCGCGCACCAAAGAGCCGGCGAGCGCGCGACUCACUCGGUGCCUCUGUCCCCGGGCACACCUCUAAGGUAUCUUUCGCGUUCAACCUCCAAUAUACAGAACUAUGGUGUUAUUCAAACUAACAUGACAGAUACAAAACAAGCAUCUAAAAUAUUUGCAGCCCCGUGGUUCAACUCAAUUUAUUGUGCUUCAAAGUUUACAGUGUCUUUGCGCUCAACAACCGUGCCUACCCCCCAUUGCAUGCAUAUGAUGCUGUCUGUAUCAACGUAGUUGCAGUUGUACAUCAAUUAUAUUCCUGCAAUGCGACGCCCGUCACUAUGUCGCCUCGUGGCUUCACAGCCUCUUUAGCGAUUUACUCGGGGUGACUGAAAAAGCAGGCUUGGUCAUUUUGGUGGCUGAAAUUGCCCUCAUUUUAACUGAAUGGUGAAGAAAUCAGUUAAGUAUAGCGGCGAAGUGUGUAGGGUGUGUCAGUGCGCGCGCAGCACGUUCCGCAGUGAGCGACUCGCUACAGUCGUUGGACAGUUGCCACGCUUGCCACAAGCGAGUGAAACGCGACCCUUAGCCAUAGUGAGCGAUCUGAGAGGGCGCCCGGUUCGCGCCAAAUACAACAUUACGACUGAAACCCACCGAAGCCUCCGAGAAAACCGUCACACCCACAAAAAAUGCUGACAUGAAUAUGGCAGCCUUGUUCUUCUAAGACAACCUCCCCGGUAAAGUUAACGGUAUGCCUGCCAAGAUGAUGAGCGCUCGGGGCGGAGCCGCGGCCGGCGGUGACGUGAGCGUGGCCGACAGCCCCCUCGCCUCCUUCGAGACCCUGACGCAAGCUGCCAUCAUUGCCGUCAUGGGCAUCGCGAUAGUCGUCUCCAAUCUACUCAUCAUUGCUUCAUUUCUCAACUUCAAAGGUCUGUCGAACGAGGUGAUAAACUACUACCUGCUGUCGCUGGCGGUGGCGGACCUGCUGAUCGGCGUGCUGGUGGUGCCGCUGUCCGUAUACCCCGCCAUCACGGGGCGCUGGAUGUUCGGCGACCUCAUGUGCCGCCUGGCCGGCUACGUGGAAGUCACGCUCUGGUCCGUCUCCGUCUACACCUUCAUGUGGAUCUCCGUCGACCGCUAUCUGGCGGUCCGCAAGCCUCUCCGCUAUGAGACGGUUAGUGCGACGGUACAAACGCGCACUAGAAGUCAGUGCUGGAUGGUAUUCACAUGGAUUUCAGCCGCUAUGCUCUGCUGCCCGCCUCUGCUCGGGUACAAAAAGGAAGCUAAUUUCGACACGGAAACCUUUAUAUGCAUGUUGGACUGGGGCACUACGUACGCUUACACGGCCACCCUGGGUAUACUAGUGCUGGGCCCCAGCGUGAUCUCCAUCGUGUACAACUACUGGUACAUCUUCUCCAUGAAGCGACGGCUGAACAGCGGCGUGCCCAUCCACGACAAGGAGUACGCGACGGCGCUGGCCGAGAACCUGUCCAACCCUAGCCACUGGAUGAGCUUCAUCAUGGUCUGCACGUUCUGGCUCAGCUGGACGCCCUACGUAGUCGUCAAACUCUACGAAUAUUGUACCGAUCAGGAAAUCAAGGUACCCAUGUUACAUUUCGGCGUCGUAUGGAUGGGGAUUCUAAAUUCAUUUUGGAAGAUUGUUAUUCUGCUGACGUUCAGCCCGCAGUUCAGGCUCGCUCUAAGGAUACUGUGUCUGACGGCUUGCUGUCGCGGCAAGGGACGCCUGGCAGCUGAACUCAUCGGCCUGGACAACGACGACUGAGUUCACCUUCUGGCGGGUAUGUAAAUCCUUUGAGAAGUGACGACCCGAACAAUACACGGUAGUGUGGAACAGCCAAUGAUAAGGAUUUAGAUACCUGGCCUGGCUUUACGUUUGUCCACCAUCUUGUAUUUUGUUCUCGAAUUUAGAACUUGCUGUGCUGAAUAAUUGCGAGCGUUGUGUCGAUAUUUCUGUGAGUUUCAUGAUAAUGUAUGACUAUCAUUUUAAUGAUUUAAUACACUACCUAUUGAUCAUUCCUGUAAUGUAAGCUUGACACGAAUAUUGACUCGGCUUCAACUAUAGCGUACACUGAGUCUUUAUGGUUAUUAGUUCUCUAAAGCAAACUAAACUAUCAAAAUUCAUUGUAAUGAUUUCUUAUAGUCAAUAAUUGUUGACAAUAAUGUGUUUAAGUUUGAAGUAAACACUCUGCCUCGUGCAAUAAAGAUCAUAUCAUUUACUCAAUGAAUAUUCGUUAGGUCUAAGCGUUAUGUAUGUAGUGUUAGAGGCUGUAAGGAAUGAAAUGUUCAAUUUACCAAUGAAUGACCAUACGUAAGUGUACAUAUGUAUUCGAGGGUGCCACAUUCGAUACUGUUGUGACAACCAGGAGGUAUAUCUGUCUCUUGUUUUGACGCGAUAUAAAUACAACAGAU